AUGUAUCAGGCCAGUGUUCUCAUCUCCCAGCUACCGAUUUAUCAACUCCGAAAGAAUGACAGACCUGGUCGGCACUGGAACGGUUUCGAACCAUCGAUCGAUCGUGCAGUCGUGGCGGAACCUCUUACCGACUGCGCUACACCGCCAGCCCUUGGACGCUAUCUUUAUAGUGGAAAUAUUGGGAGAAGGAUUUUUGAGACGACGAACGGUCGUGGUAUUGUCGACUUCGAAGUUUUCGGCCAACGUUCGGGUUGUUAUGCUCAUCAUCAUCCAUGGCUGUUAUGUCUUCAUCCACGGCUGUCAGAAGUGCCUGAUCGUCGAAAUCCGAUGGUCGUGCUCUUCUUGCCCUAUCUCCAAGCUACUGUCGCCAAAUCUGAAGCGGGAAAAACAUUCUUGGCAUUGCCUUUGACUGAUUGA